GGUUGAUGACGUUUCUCCACAGACGCCGCCUGACUCUGAGCCGCUGAGUUACUGUCUCCAGCUCUCCGUGUCCAUCUUAGUGAGAGGAGGAGCUGAGAUGGAAAUGGGUGAUCCUGAUGUCGGGGCUGUGAUGGGUUUUUCUGGGUUUGGAAAGAAAGCCAGGACUUUUGACCUGGAUGCCAUAUUUGAACAGACACGUCGGACUGCCAUUGAGAGGAGCAAGAAGGUGUUGGAAAAGGAGCAGUGUCCAGAGGAAUCUGUGGAGUCACCGCCCUGUGCUGGCAGCUCAGGCUCUGUGACUGAGAAAGAUCAAGGCAUUGCUAGCUCGUCUUCUGAUGAUGGGAGUGGAGGUGAAGACAGUGACAGUUCAGGCAGCGAUCUGAUCGGCCCCCCAGUGCCAGCCUCCUUGUCCAGAUUGGCGAUUGAGGAGCAUGCGUGUGAUACGGAUGACAGAGCAUCUGGGGACACGGAUGAUGAGGAGGAGGAUGAAGAGGAUGAGGAUGAUAACCCAGUGAAGCGGAUCCCAGACUCUCAUGAAAUCACAUUGAUCCAUAGCAAGAAGACGGUAUCUGCUCUGGGACUGGACCCAUCAGGGGCCCGGCUGGUCACAGGAGGCUACGAUUAUGAGGUCAAGCUCUGGGACUUUGCAGGAAUGGAUGCGUCACUGCAAGCUUUCAGGACUCUGCAACCCUGUGAAUGUCACCAGAUUAAAUCUUUACAGUACAGUGCAACGGGAGAUGUGAUUCUUUGUGUGGCCGGCAGUGCCCAGGCCAAGGUGCUCGACCGAGAUGGCUUCCAGGUGAUGGAGUGUGCAAAGGGAGACCAGUACAUUGUCGAUCAGGCUCGGACCAAGGGACACACGGCAAUGCUGAACAGUGGUGUGUGGCAUCCGAAAAUAAAGGAAGAGUUUAUAACUUGCUCCAAUGAUGGGACUGUGCGGACUUGGGACAUGAACAAUGAGAAGAAACACAAGAAUGUUUUUAAGCCACGGACAGCACAAGGGAAGCGGGUUAUUCCCACCACAUGUGCCUACAGCAGAGACGGCAAGUUUAUCGCAGCUGCCUGCCAGGAUGGUUCCAUUCAGAUCUGGGACCGCAACAUGAAUGUUCACACAAAGUUUUACAAUCGUCAGGCGCAUGUUCCUGGCACCGACACCUCUUGCCUUAGCUUUUCAUACGACGGGUAUACGCUGGCUUCACGAGGUGGGGACGACACCAUUAAAACCUGGGAUGUGAGGAAUUUCCGGAAUGCUCUGAAUGUGGCAACUGAUCUUCCAAACAUAUAUCCAAUGACAGACUGUUGUUUCAGCCCUGAUGAUAAGAUGCUGGUAACGGGAACAUCUGUGCAGAAAGGCAAGGGGAGUGGAAAGCUACUGUUCUUCGAUAGAGAAACCUUUGUCAAGCUUUACGAGAUUGAGGUCACUGAUGCGAGCGUCAUUCGUUGUUUGUGGCAUCCAAAGCUAAACCAGGUCAUGGUGGGGACAGCAAAUGGAUUAGCAAAAGUCUACUACCACCCAGUGAAAAGUCAAAGAGGAGCCAAACUCUGUGUGGUGAAGACAAAGAGAAAAGCGAGGCAGAGUCAGACUGUCACACAAGAUUAUAUCAUCACACCACAUGCUUUGCCCAUGUUCCGGGAGCCCAGGCAGAAGAGCACCAGGAAACAGCUGGAGAAAGAUCGGCUCGACCCGGUGAAGUCCCACAAGCCCGAGCCUCCCGUGUCUGGCCCAGGUCGUGGUGGUCGUGUUGGGACACAUGGGGGCACAUUGUCCUCGUUCAUCGUGAAGAACAUCGCUCUGGAUAAAACAGAUGACAGUAAUCCACGUGAAGCCAUCCUGCGCCAUGCCAAGGAUGCUGAACAGAACCCAUACUGGGUGGCUCCUGCCUACGUGAAGACCCAGCCCCAUGCAGUGUUUGCAGCCGUGGAGUUGGAGGAGGAACCCGAGGACGACGAGCCAGAGUGGAAGAAGCGGAAAUUGUGAGCACACAGCGGGGGACAGAGCUGCUGUCCAUGAGGGUGGGGAGGGAGAUGUGUGGGGGCCCAGGGGGAUGGGUUUGGAGUGAAUGUUGA